ACACAAACUUUGAGCUUCACCACUGACUCUAUCUCUCUCUAGAAAUUGAAUAGCAGGCAUAAAAGAGAGGCAUCCAGAUACCAGAAGCUAGCUACAGGUUUAACCAAAGCCUGCCUUUCUCUCUUUUCUCUCUGCAGAAACACACAGAAGAUAGAAGAGAAGAGUCUUCUUUGGUGUCACCUUUUUCUUUGUGGUACGUAAUAGCUUGCUUUGAGUGUAUUUUUAAGUUGGAUAUAGCUAGCUUCUCUCUCUGCUCUGCUGUGAUCAUAGAGCCAGUGGGUCUGCUUUUUGAGUAGAAAUGAUAUGAUCGAGUCCACUCAGAAUCAAUCUCUUUCCCACAUUGCCUUGGCGUAACUCAGAAGCAAAAAUCACAGCAAUUCACCCAAAAGAAAGUAAAAGCUUGCUAGCUCAUAUAAAAUAGUAGUAAAACAUUCGUGUUCUUUUCGCAAAGCUAAACACACUGACACACACACACAGCCCUUUAUAACCCAAGCAUACACUGAUAUACACACAUAUAUAUUCACAUAUAUUGCAAGCUUUCAUUGCCCAGAACCUCAUCACUCACAAAGAAGUAGGCAAAUAUGGAGAGGCUCUCAACCACGACCAUGCUCCCCGACACGUUCCAAGGUACUCGUGAUGACAUUGCAGGACAAAUUGGAUUGAUUUGGCAACAAACCAAAGCACCAUUGAUUGUGCCACUGUUGAAAUUGCUGGUGGUUGUGUGCUUGGUCAUGUCAUUAAUGCUUUUCAUGGAGCGAGUGUACAUGGGCAUUGUCAUAGUUUUUAUCAAGUUGUUUGGUCGAAAGCCAGAGAAGAGUUACAAAUGCGAGUCUAUGAGGGACGAUUUGGAGCUUGGUCAUUCAGCUUACCCCAUGGUUCUAGUGCAAAUCCCCAUGUUCAACGAGAAAGAGGUGUAUCAGCUAUCCAUUGGAGCUGCAUGUGGGCUUUCAUGGCCGUCUGAUCGGAUAAUAAUUCAAGUUCUUGAUGAUUCAACUGACCCAGCUAUCAAGGAACUGGUGGAACUAGAAUGCCAAAGAUGGGCAAGCAAAGGCAUAAACAUAAAGUACGAGAUCAGAGACAAUAGGAAUGGGUACAAAGCAGGUGCUCUCAAAGAAGGCAUGAAACACAGCUACGUCAAACUGUGUGACUAUGUGGCAAUCUUUGAUGCUGAUUUCCAACCUGAGCCUGAUUUUCUAUGGCGCACCAUACCUUUUCUUGUUCACAACCCUGAAAUUGCUCUUGUUCAAGCUCGCUGGAAAUUUGUUAAUGCUAACGAAUGCUUAAUGACAAGGAUGCAAGAGAUGUCACUGGAUUACCAUUUCACAGUGGAGCAAGAAGUGGGAUCUGCAACUUACAACUUCUUUGGUUUCAAUGGGACAGCCGGUGUAUGGAGAAUUUCAGCAAUCAAUGAGGCUGGAGGAUGGAAGGACCGCACCACAGUGGAGGAUAUGGAUUUGGCAGUCAGAGCAAGUCUCAAAGGCUGGAAAUUUGUAUAUGUUGGUGACAUCAAGGUGAAAAAUGAAUUACCUAGUACUUUCAAAGCCUUCCGUUAUCAGCAGCACCGAUGGUCUUGUGGCCCUGCUAAUCUCUUCCGAAAAAUGGCCAUGGAGAUUGUGAGAAACAAGAGAGUCUCACUGUGGAAGAAGUUAUACGUGAUCUACAGCUUUUUCUUUGUUCGGAAGGUCAUUGCCCAUACUGUCACAUUUUUCUUUUACUGUGUUGUUUUGCCAGCAACAGUCUUGGUUCCUGAGGUGGAAGUUCCCAAGUGGGGUUCUGUGUACAUCCCAUCUAUAAUUACUCUCCUCAAUGCAGUUGGAACUCCAAGAUCGUUCCACCUAUUGAUGUUCUGGAUCCUUUUUGAGAAUGUCAUGUCUUUGCAUCGAACUAAGGCAACACUUAUAGGUCUGCUUGAGGCAGGGAGAGUAAAUGAAUGGGUUGUCACUGAGAAAUUGGGAGAUGCUCUCAAGAUGAAAUCAGGUGCAAAAGCUCCCAGGAAACCUAGAUUCAGGGUUGGAGAAAGGCUCCAUCUACUAGAGCUCGGUGUUGGGGCCUAUCUCUUCUUCUGCGGGUGCUAUGAUCUCAACUUUGGAAAGAACCGUUACUUCAUAUACCUCUUUCUCCAGUCCUUUGCCUUCUUCAUUGCAGGGAUUGGUUAUGUUGGUACCUUUGUCCCCAACUCUUAAUGGAACGUGAUUGGCAAAAAAUGAUCUCAAGAAUAGCAUUCAACAUCUCUUUUAUUGUCACCAACAGAAGAUGAAAAUAUGGUUCUUUUUGGAGAUUCAUUCAUUCAGAUAGUUCUCUUUUCUGUUCUUUAGAUUUUUCAAAACAAACACUGUUCAUUCUUUUCUUGUGUGAAAUGAUUCAAUAUAAAUUAUUUUCUUGUGGAUACAGGCAAGGAAAAUAUAGAGAUUAAAUCAAAAGCGCAAUAUGUUGCAACAGGCAAGCAUUGUUUAGAUAGGGUUGCUUACAUUUUGUAAUAGUGACUUUGAGAUUUUUUUUGGGAAUAAACAAUAAGAGGAUGCUGAAGUUGGAAUCUG